AUGGCUGCUGGAUUCAUGUCCCGUGAACAACCAAAUAGACGUUCUGACAUCAGGAAGUAUACGGUAGUUGACGGACGAGCACACCCUGUAGGGCCGACAAUAUUUCAAAAAGCUGAACCUUUGAUAAACGAUAUAACUCAGGAUGAAACUGAUAAAGCAAUAGACAGCCUCGAUAAUUGGAAGGCUCACGGAUCAGACAACAUCCAAGCAGAGUUGAUAAAAUAUAGUGGGAAAGAAACAUGGUAUUUCAUAUUUAAUGUCUGUCAGAAGACGUGGCGUGGGGAGCAGAUGCGUAGAAGUUGGAAGGAGAUCAUAAUCUUACCUCUACAUAAGAAGGGUGUCAAAACAGAUUGUUCUAAUUAUAGAGGUAUAUCCCUGUUAAAUACGGCAUACAAAGUUUUUUCUAAGGUGUUACUGAGCCGAUUAACAUCAUAUGCAGAAGAGUGCCUAGGAGAGUACCAAUGUGAUGCACUAUCCCCGCCACUGUUUAACUUGGCACUUGAAAAGGCGGUGAGAAUGAUGCAAAAUGCAGAAAGUGGGGUAGCGGUCAAUGAACAUCGAGUGCAGGUUUUACGAUUUUCGGAUGAUUUGAUCAUACUUGGUGAAUCACUGGGGGAUGCUUUAGAUCUAACCAUGGCUCUCGAAAACGCCGCAGAAAAAGUAGGGUUAUCUUAA